GCGCACCACGUUCACUGCGGCCUCUCCCUUCUCCGGGAGUCUGGGCUCCUUUCCUAUCGCCUGCCCCGCCCAGGCGGCUGCCCGUGACCUGCCUGGGCGCAGGGAACGGAAAGCCGAAAGGGGCAAGACGAGUUCAGGUCGCCAUGGGGCUGUUUGGGAAAACCCAGGAGAAGCCGCCCAAAGAGCUGGUCAAUGAAUGGUCAUUGAAGAUAAGAAAGGAAAUGAGAGUUGUUGACAGGCAAAUAAGAGAUAUCCAAAGAGAAGAAGAAAAAGUGAAACGGUCAGUGAAAGAUGCUGCCAAGAAGGGUCAGAAGGACGUCUGUGUGGUUCUAGCCAAGGAGAUGAUCAGGUCAAGGAAGGCUGUGAGCAAGCUCUAUGCUUCCAAAGCUCACAUGAACUCUGUGCUCAUGGGGAUGAAGAACCAGCUGGCGGUUUUGCGAGUGGCUGGUUCCCUGCAGAAGAGCACAGAAGUGAUGAAGGCCAUGCAGAGUCUUGUGAAGAUCCCAGAAAUCCAGGCCACCAUGAGGGAACUAUCCAAAGAGAUGAUGAAGGCUGGCAUCAUAGAGGAAAUGUUAGAGGACACUUUUGAAAGCAUGGAUGAUCAGGAAGAAAUGGAGGAAGCCGCAGAAAUGGAAAUUGACAAAAUUCUGUUUGAAAUCACAGCAGGGGCCUUGGGCAAAGCACCUAGUAAAGUGACCGACGCCCUUCCAGAGCCUGAACCUCCAGGAGCGAUGGCGGCAUCUGAGGAGGAGGAGGAGGAGGAGGAGGAGGCCCUGGAGGCCAUGCAGUCCCGUCUGGCCACACUCCGCAGCUAGGGGCCGCCCCGCUGGGCCCUCGGGCUCUUUUCCGGCCCACCUGCCAGGAGCGGGUACACUCCUCUGAAGCAGCACCAUUUUAUGUACCUCUUGCACUACACCUCUAAAUGAGGCACUGCAUUCUGAGAAGGUUCUCUGCUCCUAUCUUUUCACUCUUUGCAGAGGUUUUGGGAUCUCAGCAGGAUUGUCCUUGAGAGUGGGGUUAUAAAUGCAUCAUUUUCAGGGGUAUAAAUAGAAGUAUCUUUUGGGGGGGAGGGCAAAGGAAUCUGUCUUCUCACAAUGCAUCAUUUUCAGGAAUAUAAACAGAAGUAUCUUUUGGAGGAAAAGGCAAAGGAAUCUGUCUUCUCCUGAAGCACUUCUGAGGAUAGAGUUGACUGCCUGAAUGUUGAGGACUCUGCCUUUUUUUGUCCCUAAAACACUAUUAUAUAAAAUGGAUUUUAAUAAAUUUCUGCUUUAACACUGGG